GUGUGCCUCCGUCACCAGGAGAUGUCUUGCUUCAGACCGUGCCCCCCACGCCCCUGCGGCCCCUGUGGCCCAACCCCACUGGCAAGCAGCUGCAGUGAGCCCUGUGUCGCCCGCUGCGCUGACUCCAACGUGUUCAUCGAGGCCUCCCCGGCGGUGGUGACCCUGCCGGGCCCCAUCCUCACCUCUUACCCUCAGAACACGGCCGUGGGCUCCUCUCUGUCGGCCGCUGUCGGGAGCUCCCUGAGCGCCGGGGGGGUCCCCAUCUCUUCUGGGGGCUCCCUUGGCCUGGGCGGGUCAGGGCUGUGUCUGCCUGUGCCCCGCUGCGGCCUGAACUGCUGA